AUGGUUGUGGGUAAGAUGAAGUUCACUUUUCAGAAAAGGGUCAAGCUGGCCCAGGGUUUGUGGCUGCUCUCAUGGUUGGCAACUCUGGGUGGAGCGGUUACCUUCACUUUAGGAUGCUUCCUAAAGACUGAGCUUCGAAGGAGGGGAGAGGUAAUGGACAACACAGACAUCCACUGUGUGCCCAACACCUUGAUGAUUGUGGGUCUGGCUUCGAUGGGCAUCAAUUACUUUGCCAGUCGAAUCUGCCAGGAUGCUCUAGAUCCUGGGCGUUUCCCACGAUGGAAGACCUAUCUGAAGCCCUAUUUUGGAUGCUCAGUAUUCUUCACCUCCCUCAUGCUGAUUUCAGUCAUCUUGAGUUACGCCAUGAAGGGCAGCCUGGAGACCUCCCUGAAAAUCGGCUUGAAGAAUGGCAUCCGCUUCUACAAGGACACCGACACCCCAGGCCGCUGCUUCCAGAAGCAGACCAUUGAUCGCCUUCAGAUGGAGUUCCAGUGCUGUGGUAAUAACGACUACAAGGAUUGGUUUGAGGUGCAGUGGAUCAGCAACCGUUACCUGGAUUUCAGCACUAAGGAAGUUAAGGACCGCAUUAAGAGCAAUGUGGAUGGCCGUUACUUGUUUGACGGUGUGCCCUUCAGCUGCUGUAACCCUAGUUCUCCUAGACCCUGUAUCCAGUACAAAAUCACCAACAACACCGCCCACUACAACUACGACCACCAGACCGAAGAACUCAACAUCUUCAUUCGUGGUUGCAGAGAAGCCCUGGUCAACUAUUACAUGGGACUGAUGAACACUAUUGGCGCAGUGGUUCUGUCUGUCUUUCUGCUUCAGUGCUCAGUGUUGGCCAGUGUUCGUCUCCUGCAGACGUCUUUGGAGGCCGUCGCUGGACAGGAGAACGUGGAGAUUGAAACCGAGGGCUACUUACUUGAGAAAGCAGUGAAGGAGACCUUCAUGGAGUAUAUGGAUCCUGUGCUGAAGCUCCUGUUGCUGAACCAGGUAACCGCUCCUGAAGCCAAACCGGGAGCAGGGGCCACUGGAACCACCACCAGCUAA